GUGCUCAAGAGCCAGUGGUUUCCGUUUUGUUUCCUGAUUAUUGCUAGUGCUCGGCCAGGCGGGGGUUUUCAGCGCAGCGCUCUGGACAAACGUGGAAUUUGGCUGUACGGUGCUUUGAACCAUUAGCCUCGGGAAACGGUGACAGCUUUUCAUACAUCUGCCAACGUUGUAAUCAAAAGCGGCCUGCUGUGUAGCAAUGGAAGCUGAACAGAAUCAGGAAGUUCCAGAGGCUGUUGCUGAGACACAGGAAGUGGCAGUGCAGCAAGAGGAGAAACUGGAGCCCAAGUCUGGAGAGGUGGCUCAGGCACCUUCAGAAGCAGCAGGUCCUCCAGAAGCGGCCUCUGAGCAGGAGAAAACCCCUGAGAUGGAGCAUUCUGCUGGGGAAUUGCCAGAAAAGGAGAAAGCGACAGAAUCUGAAGCGCCUCCUGCCAAACUAUCUGAACCCGAGCUGGCUCCAGCGAAAUCUCCCGAGGAAACCCCAGCUGCCGAGUCAUCGGAGAAACUCCCUCAGCCAGAACAGCAGAAGGAAUCUGAGGAGCCACAGGUUCAAGUGAAUUCCGUACCCGAGAAGCAGGAGGAAGAAGCUGUGAAAGAGGAGCCUGCCAAAGAGCCAGAGUCCAAACCCACUGCUGUGAAUGAAGCCAAGCUUGAAAAAUCUGAUAAAGGUGAGGUGACUAAGACAGAAGGAGGAGAGGAUAAGGUACCACAACCAGAGGCUGAUGGGGUUCAAGCCGAGCCUCCAAAAGAGGCCGAGACCCAGCAGAAAGAGCCAGAACUGCCUUUCUUCUUUGGCUGGUUCCUGCUUCCAGAGGAAGAGGAGCGAAUUAAGUGUGCAACCAUGGACUUUCUCAAGACUCUGGACACAUUGGAGGCCUUCAAAGAACACAUCAGUGAAUUUACUGGUGAGGCAGAGAAAGAGGUGGACCUUGAGCAGUACUUCCAGAAUGCACUGCCCCUCCACUGCACUACAAAGUUCUGUGACUAUGGCAAAGCAGAGGGGGCAAAAGAGUAUGCAGAGCUACAGGUAGUCAAAGAUUCGUUUGGCAAGUCUGAUGAGCUCUCAGUCACUGCCCUCAUAGUGACCCCUCGUACGUUUGGGGCCCGUGUGGCUUUGACAGAAACCCAGAUGAAGCUGUGGCCUGAGGGAGCGGACAAGGAUGGCGUUCCUCCGGCCCUCCUGCCCAGCGCUGAGUCUCUCCCAGUGGGUAGCCGUGCCCACGUCACAUUAGGCUGCUCUGCUGGCGUGGAGUCGGUUCAGACCGGUUUGGAUCUGCUGGAUAUCCUGGCUCUGCAGAAAGAGGGCAAGGAGGGCACCCAGGUCGAGAUGGAGUUGGGCACUUUGUCCUACCUGAACGAGGGCCGUUGGUUCCUUGCCCUGAGGGAACCGAUUACCGCAGACACCACCUACUCUAGCUUCUCUGAAGACAAGCCUACCAGUGACCAGGGCAAAAAGGAUGGAGAGAAGAAAAAGAAAAAGUGUACCAUCCUGUGAGCGGAAAGUGAGGAGGAGGAGAGAGGGGAAAGAAGACAUUUUUCCUAAGGGCUCUGGCCCUCGGUUGGCUGAGGAUGAUGUUGUGUUUUUGCAUGUGUGUAGGUGGAUUGCGUGUAUGUUUCGCAGCUUUAGUGUGUGCACAGGGAUGGCUUGGGUUGAUUUGGCAGGCACUGUGAGACCAGACGUUCCAAAGCGGCCUGCUGGCUCCCGGGUUUCUCUUAGCUGGUGCCUUUUUUGCUUUUUCCUGGCAACACAAGCUCCGAGGCCUUAGUAUCUGCCUUAAGGUCAUGGUUCACUCUGCUGGAAAGUUCACUUUGCUUUAGGAGCUAGUUCACACGGCUGUUUGGCCGCCACACCAUCCCUGUUCCCUUUACACAGGUACAUUCACGAUUGGUCUUCCUUACACGUGACUCAUGUAGAACACUUAGAUUUAGCACAACUUUACUGAUUUGUACUCUGUCCAAGCUCAGUUCUUGUUGAUUAGUCCAGAAACAUGGUUCGAACUGCCUUCAAAUUCAGUUUGAGGCUGGUUUUGCUGUAUUUUAGAAGAUUUUCAUUCUAAAUUUACAUUUAGAUCUUCUAUUUCAGGAAAUAAAGAGCAUUUUGAUCUUUCAA